AUGAUGAAUUUUGAAUUCUUACCCAACGAAAUCUUACUUGAUAUAUUCGAGUAUCUGAAUGGUAUAGAUCUUCUUCGUGCUUUUUAUGGUCAUAAUUCUCGCUUCAAUCUACUUCUUUACAAUCAAUUUCAAUCAUAUCAAUUUGAUUUACUUUCUUGUUCAAAACAUCAAUUCGAUAUUAUAUGUAAACAACAUUUACCAUUUAUUUCUAAUCGAGUUACUACUCUUACUCUUUCUGACAAUGAAGAUACUCCAGGACAAAUAAAUCAACUUUUUUCUUACAUACCAUCAUUUCAUCAAUUCAUUCAUUUGCGAUCACUAUCAAUAUUACACGUUCCUUCAUAUCACACAUUGGUAAAAAUUGCUGAUGAAUUACAUUAUCUUUCUAAUCUCACUCGUUUAAAACUGAACAUUUGUCAUUUUGGAAAUAAUCAAGUGAAUCUUCAAUUAGUUGUUAACAGUAUUUGGAGUUUACCAAAACUUAUCAAUUGUCAUUUUACUGUUUGGGAUAAUGAACAACAAACUUUUACUCUACCCACAAAAUUGUCAAUAUCUCUCAAAACUGUAUAUAUAGUUGGACAAAAAUUUAAAUGGAAUCAAAUAUAUCCUUUAUUUGAAUGUACAUCUCGUCUAGAAUAUCUUCGUAUUUUUAUUACUCCUUUCGACAAUAAUCAUUAUCAAUCAUCUCCUAUUCCAACAUUAAUCAAAUUGAACAUAGCCUGUUAUCGUAUGUCUGAUACAUCAAAAAUGAUUUCAUUCUUGAAAAAUGUACCCAAUUUACGUCAUUUGGAGAUCUCUAUGGCAUUUGAUCUAAUCAAUGGUUAUCAAUGGGAACAAAUCAUUCGUAGUUAUUUGCCGAAGCUUAAAAUAUUUAAUUUGAGCAUGUUUGAUCAAUUUCCAGACGAUCAAAAUAUUGAAGAACGAGCUAAUGAAUUAAUUAACUCUUUUCAAAGUUCAUUUUGGAUUAAUGAAUAUAAAUGGUUUGUUCGAUGUUUUAUAUGUGAUAAAAUUAUUCGUCUUGAAACUUCAUCUGUAAUAUUUUAUCAUUUCGAAAAAAAAAUUUCCUAA